AUGGAGAUCUGGAAUGGUUUACGCGAACAACGAAACUCGCAGUUGAGCCAGCAUCACUUCCCUCCGACCCUCGGUUCCGCAUCAUUCUGCAUCACAUAUCACAACAUCUCCAAUCAACCGCCUCGAACGCCCACCAACGCGCUCGUCGUCAUGGUCCGCACCAGGGCACGCUGUGCCGCCGACUUGCUCGACGAUACUCUAGACCAACCACCCCAGAAGCGACCGCGCACAUCUGUCCCUACUGACCCCGUCACUACUGACCCUGUCACCACUGACCCCGUCGCCUUCUGGAUUGAGCACGGCACAUGGCCGAAACGAUCCUCGGUGGCCCAUCUCGACAUGAAGUGUCUCGAGCCCAUAAACGCAUGGAACAAACCCGCGCCGUCUAAAUUGAUCAAAAACUCCAACUAUUCCGCCUCCACAACGCACAGCAACCAGGGGCCGCGCGAGGCCAGGAAUGCACCGUACAAGCACCCGGCGCACAAGACAUAUAUGGAGGCCAGGCAGGGCACGUACAUGCGAGAGUCCAAGCAGGGCAUCGCGGACGCGAGCAAACGGCUUGUUGAGGACCUUCUAGCUGGGGAGCAGCAAUUCCCUAGGGAUACCAUCUUCGACGAUGGUAUCUUCGAGCAAGCUUGUCUCAACUUGAUAGACAAGAGCGAGACUAGGAUUAUUCAGGAUAUUUCUCGCCUUAUCGUUCCUUCAGCAGAAACACUUGCUCUUCGUAAUAAAAGCCUCAAGGACCUUAUUGAGGGCGUUAACGAGGGCUGGAACGGCUCGAUCCCACUGCUUGAUGUUCAUCCACAACCUGACUACUCUGUAGGAUUCAGCUAUACGGCAUUUACCGACGCCCAACUGGACAAGCUGUCACCUUUUCUUGGUGAGCCAAUGGAUGAUGAUAUGUCUUUCUUUCUUGGUACAUACGAGAUGCACUUUCCGUUUCUUACGUGCGAGACUACAAGUAGCACAGGGGGCCUGUAUAUCGCGGACCGCCGGAAUGCCUACAGCAUGACCCUUGCCAUACGGGCUGUUACUAAGCUCUUUUGUGCAGUAAAGCGCGGAAACAAGGUCGACCGAGAGAUCCUCGCAUUCUCUGUCUCACAUAACGGCGAGAUGGUGGAUAUUUACGGUCACUAUCCAGUAUUUAACGGGGAUAAGGUAAAGUAUUACCGUCACCCAAUCUACCGCGCUUACAUCACGGCACGCGGAGGAAAAGAUAGGUGGACCGCGUAUCGAAUCAUCAAGAACAUCUAUGAGCUGUGGAUGCCGGGGCACUUAGCGAAGCUAUGCUCUGCCAUUGACCAGUUGCCAAAUGCUCCCAAAACCUAG